AUGUUUGCAGCUCCGAUCGGACAGAACUUCGAUCCGUCGGACCGCCAGAACCAAAUUCCGGCCAUUAUAGGCUCGUGCUCCUAUCUGGGCGACUCACAGUAUCAAAAUGGAACCAUCUCCUGUGCAGCUUCCAACUAUGGAAUGGGACUUUACCAGAACCAGGCUUACAUCAACGCACAGUCGGCACCCGCACCGAUUUCCCAGCAACUGCCGGUUGGGCUUCCAAUUGCUGUUCCUAUAGGCGCUGGAUUUCCGCAGAGUCAGCCGAAUUUGGCUGAUAUGUAUGGAUAUGCCCAGCAACAGCAGCAGCAAAAUCAACAAAGCCAACAGAAUCAACAACAACAAAGUCAGCAGAACCAAAUGAUGAACGACACGAACGGUUACGUGGCCUGUGGGGCACAGAACGUUAGCACAGCUGGCGUUAUGCCGGUUUUGGACUACGAUCUCGAGCAGAUGGUGAAGUUUGUGUCGUGGUUCAGCUACGGGUUGAUGAGACGCGUCGAUAGUCCCGGUGAGGCGUUCCACAGUAGUGUUCGAACCGUUCUCUCGGCGACCAGGUUGCCGAAAUCAACAAUUUUGUUGUCUUUGGUGUAUCUGUCGGACCGCAUUGAGAAAUCACCAGUUUGCGUCAACGACCAGAACGACGAGCUGACUUUUGAGAGGCUAGUCAUCGCGUUGGUGCUGGCCAACAAGUUUAACGAUGACAACACGUUCCGUAACAAGUCCUGGUCGGAGGCCACGGGGUUGUCGUUGCGACGCGUCAAUCGUCUUGAAGCUGAGUGGCUCUGUGUUGUUGGCUGGCGUCUUCACUACGAGGACGGAUUUUCGUGUGUUGAGGAGUGCUGGAAUACCUGGUGCCGCAAGUUUUCGUCUCCAGUUAUCCGGCAUUCGCAUUCUCCAUCCAGCUACAGUGUCAACACGUUUGUUUCCGACGAUUUUGCUUUCAAUACUGGCGAAAUUGCGUCAUCUCCAGCCUCUUCGUGGCUUGGUGACUACAAGCAGUCAGAGGGUGUGUUUAGUGCUGGAGGUGCUGGUUUUGGUUAUUAUCAGCAGCAACAGCAACAGCAACAGCAACAACAACAACAGCAACAGGCACUAGUCGGCUUGGAGCAACUGCAGAAUGCAUUCGUGUAUUCUGGCCAGCAGCUGGUGGCUCCUCCGCUUGUUGCCGGUGGCUCAGCUCAUUAUUACGAGGGCUCUAACAUGUAUGAGCCUUUGGCUUGCUACGCUGCAGCUCAGGCAUGCUGA